AUGGCUAUCAAUCGGAAAUAUGCCGAGUUGCCAGACUUGGACUCUGCGCCCGACAUCUACGAGACCCCUGAUUUGACAGAUGACAACUCUACUAUUCCUACCACCGUGGGACGCUCGCAAUCGGAAAAUGAGUUCGACGAGGACGAGGAUGAGGAUGCCCCUGGAGUCUCCCAUUCCCGACUACGACUAGACCAAGCUCGAUCGCGUUUCCUACCAGCCCAGGUCGACGCUCGCGAUGUCGACUUCUCCGAUCGAUUGAACAGCAAGCGGAAAUCCUACCGAGCAUCGAGCCGCAGACAGAAAAUCCUUGAAGAUGGCACACAAGAGCUUGGCGAUCUAAGUGAUGAGGAACUUGGCGAAACUCUGGGCGUAAAGAUUGCCCGUCUAAAGCACGAGAUUGGAGAAGCCCAGGACGAAUAUACCAAGCAACAAGCCGAAUCGAAGGAAGAUGAAUCACAGCAGGGCUUCCAGCUUGCCUCACUCAGCGAGGUAUUGGACGAGAUGCUACGCAGGCCGGAACGACGCAUGCUAUCCAGACCCCGAGCUUCCAAACCUACAGGCCUACCCGUGGAGCAACGAGGAGGGGACUUGAUCCCGCCGGGAGACGAAGCGACGUACACUGUCACCUACGCGCCGAACUAUGAGCAAAGCCAUGCCCUUGCUAAAGCUGCCGACUUCGAUCGUCGACUUGUAAUGCUAGAGAAGGCGAUCGGUGUAACGUCGUCAGCCACAUCCGGAAUAGAGGGCAAUGGCUUGCCUCGAGCGAUCAUGCCUACGCUCGACACACUCCAGAAGCAGAUCUUAACACUGUCGGACGCGUCUACCUCGUCGCUCGAUAGCAUCAGCCGCCGAGUCCGCACUUUGACACAGGAGGCCGAGCAGCUCGAGAAGUCAAGGAAGGCCGCGAAGGUGGCGCAGGAGAACCUCGCGUCCUCAGGUGGUCCUCCGGCGGAGGCAGAUGACUUGGAACAGAUAACCAAGGUCAACGCGCUCUAUGGGACGUUACCGACAAUCGAGAAUCUGGCCCCUCUUCUGCCGCCGUUGCUGGAUAGGCUCCGUUCGUUGAGGGCUAUCCAUGCCGAUGCAGCAACAGCGAACGAGACAUUGGAGCGCAUAGAGAAGUCACAGACCGAGAUGGCGUCUAGUAUCAAAGAAUGGAGAGAGGGGUUGGAGAAGAUUGAAACAGCUAUGGACAAGGGAGACACUGCCAUGACUGAGCAGUUGAAACAGGCUGAGGGAUGGGUGAAGGAGCUCGAGGCAAAGAUGGCGAAUCUGUCGUAG